AUGACUUACAACGACGCAUCUGCGGACGUUCAAGAUAAAUAUGUCCUUGGACUUCUAUGCCUCGCUGCCGUUGCAUUAAGCGCAGCUCUGUUCAAAUUAGUCUAUGCACCUCUUUUCUCCAGUCCAUUGUCCCGCAUCCCAGGCCCCACGGCUUUUGCAGUAACACGCUGGCGUUUGGCCUACGAAGAUUGGAAAGGUACUCGGACAAGCUAUAUCCAUAAACUUCACUUGCAGUAUGGCAACGCUGUCCGGAUUGGGCCUAAUGAGGUGUCUUUCAACGAUCUAGCUGCUUUGCGCACAAUAUAUGGUGCCGGAAGUGGUUUUGAGCGAGAUACUUUCUACCGCAUGUUCGAUGUCUAUGGCCGACAGAAUCUUUUCACAUUUGCCUCCUCCAAGGCGCAUGGGGAUCGCAAGAAGUUGCUUAAUCAUGCGUAUUCAAAAACAACAAUUAUGAAAGGUGCUAUGGCGAAUAUGGUAGAGGAAAAGACACGCCAAUUCAUACGCUUGCUAGAAGAGGAACCUGAAACAGCGUCUGAGAUUUUUGCCAGCUUGCACUACUUUGCCAUCGACUCAAUUACCUCUUUUCUCUAUGGCGAUAGGCACGGCGGCACCAGUGCUCUCAAAGGCUCAUUAUCUGAUAGAGCGCUUCUUAGUGAUGUCAUGGAUCCAUCUCGAAGGAAGCUCUCAUGGUAUGCGGUGCACUUUCCUAAAUAUACUAAAUGGCUCUACACUCGCACCGGUGCCUUGGAACACAUUAUCACGAGCAUAGGCAUGCUUCCAAUGCAAAAGCCAUCCACUUACACUGGAAUUCGUGCCCACGCCUUGAAAUCGUGGCAAAUGUUCAUAGCGGCACCUCUGGAAGAAAAGAUUGAGAGUGUCAAGACGACCAUUGUAGGACGACUUUGGCAACAUCAACAAAGCGGCAAGGGGGCCAGACUCUAUGACCUUGACAUCGCGUCAGAAUGUGCUGAUCACCUACUCGCUGGAAUUGACACCACGAGUGAUACCUCGAUGUUUGUUAUCUGGGCACUAUCUCUCCCAGAAAACAUCAAAUUCCAACAGAAGCUUAUUGACGAAAUCUCACAAAUUGAAGAAUCUGUAAUGGUUGAAGGUGGAUUCCCUAACGUAACUGCAGCUGACAAACUUCCCUUCCUCGAUGCUGUCAUUAAAGAAACCUUGCGACUUUACAACCCUUUGCCUGCUUCUGAACCUCGCAGUCUUCCUGUUGACUGCACAAUCGCGGGGUUUCUGGUACCAGCGAGAACGGUGGUCAGCAUGGCACCCUUCUCGUUGCAUCGUAAUCCAAACGUGUUCCCAGACCCACUCAAAUUCGACCCCGAGAGGUGGACACGGGAAUCGAGUGAUUUGACAGAGAUGAAAAGAUGGUGGUGGGCGUUUUCCAGUGGAGGGAGAAUGUGUAUAGGUAUGCAUCUUGCAAUGGCUGAAAUGACCACACUCGUAGCGGCUGUGUAUAAGAAUUAUAGUACCAAGAUACAGGAUCGUCAGGAAGGUAUAUCUCCUGGGAUCACAAGCAGAUUCGAGGUAUUCUCAGAUGCAAAUUUUGCAAAAGUUGGGGAGCACACAUGCUGGAUUGAUUUCAAGAAGCUAAAGUGA